AUGUCUUAAAAUUUAACAGAAACCCUUGACAAUAUAAGAGCUCUUUUAGCUUAAUAUAUUGUAAUUGGAAAGAUUUCUAAUAAAUUACAAUUAGAAGGUGCUAUUGAAUAUUUAAGAACACAUACUCAUUUAGAUAAAAUUACUAUCUAAAAUUUUGAAAAGGCUACUUGUGUAGGAAUAGUAGGAACUCCAGAAUAAAUUAAAAAUAUUGUAUCAGAAUUUCUUUCAAGUAAACAAAACUUGAAGAUUAUAAAUAUACAAAUAUAAAUAAGAACUUUAUUACCAUUUACUAAUGAAAAAUUAUUGACUUUAGAAAUCAAUUAAUAAAUUGAAGCAAUACUUGGACCUAAAACAGAAGAAGAUCUAAAGGCUGCUAAAAGUCAAGUAAAAAAAAAACCAUACUAAUAAUAAUAAUAAUUAACUCUAAACCAGAAGAUAAAGUAUAAUUUGAAAGAUUAGGAUAUUUCAAUUUAGAUUUCGAUUCUAAAAAUUGAAAAUUUAUUUGGAAUAAAAUUAUUAACACUUUAAGAAAAAAAUAAAAUCAUAGCUCAUGCUUAAGUUUAAAGCUGGUCCUAAAUAGGUUUAAAAAAAGACAUUCCAAAAAGGAAGCCAAAAAAGAAUGAUGUAUUAUUACAUAUACAAAUAAAUAUUUGUUUAAUCAAUUUAAAUUAAGCUAAAAAAAGGAUUAUUUAUAUUUUAAAUUAAUGAUGAAUGAAUCCCUUUAUAGAAUUUGCUUCUCAACUCUUAAAACACUUUGUGAAUUAAAACUAAUUACCAAUUAAGAAAAACUCUAUCUUAAGUAGAUUGUUGUCAACCAUUAAUUUUAUAUCCCAUCAAAUUUAGAAAGUGAUUAAAUAUCUUCCUUUUUUUUGCUUUUAAUUAAAAAGUAUAGAAGAGAAUUAGAAAUCAAAAGCUGUGAACUUUUAAUUAUUGAUGAAUAGACUGAUGAAGAAUAAGCAUGA